AUCAGUUUAGCAAAGAGAGAGCGAGGAUGCAGCAAAGCUGGACUUUCACCCAGGGGACUGCUUAGAGAGCAGUUUUAUUAUUUGUUUUUCUUUCGGAUAGACAAUCACAUCCACACAUAAUCGCGUUAGGAUAUGUGAGUGUUGCAGAGAAAAGGCGCGCAGCCCAGAUGAGCAGAGCUAAGAGGAUUUAAUGCAGCUGGACACGAGCCACGCUGAGUAAAGAAGAAGAUUAUAUUGUUUUAAUCAAAUGCAAAGAAGUUUUCAUUGCCGGUCACUUUGAGUUCGGACUGUCCGGGAGCGAUGUUCGUCAUCACUGGGUUUCAGUCUCACUCUUUGCGCACUGUAAGGAUGUUCAAAGCACAGAAAUGCAUGGCUCCAACUCUUCUGUAGAAGGGCAUACUGAUACCAGACCAAGCCACAAGUGGACCUGAUCUUUACUAACCCUGUGAGCUGGACUUACAAAAUACAUGAAGAUGUGCCAGUGCUACUCUGCCCUGCUAAUGCUCUGCUUACACAUGGUGACAUGUGGAGCGAAGCUCGGAGCUGCUGUGGCUCCUCUGGGUUGGGCAGAAAAUGAUAAAGAGGGAAGUGUUUCUCCUUACGCCUCUCGUUCUGAGAUUCUCAAAUCCCUGCGGCUUUUCUCCCACACGUCCCAAUCUAACAGCCCAAACCAUGAAACAGCUCCGGACCCUGGGGCACUGGAUCUGUGGGCUUGGUUAUCCAACCACACCGAUAGCGAGGGAACCCUCUCGAGGGCCAAACGUCGUCCCUAUGUGAAAACCGGCAAGUUUAAGAAGAUGUUCGGCUGGGGCGACUUCCAUUCCAACAUCAAAACCGUCAAGCUCAACCUUCUCAUUACUGGGAAAAUUGUCGACCACGGCAACGGGACCUUCAGUGUCUAUUUCCGUCACAAUUCCACCGGUCUAGGGAACGUGUCUGUUAGUCUGGUCCCUCCUUCCAAGGCUGUCGAUUUUGAGAUCACUCAACAGGAGACCAUCGAGGUGCCCAAAGACAGUAAGGCGUUCAACUGUCGAGUGGAAUACGAGAAGACGGACCGAAGCAAGAGGACGUCCGUUUGCAGCGACUUCCCUAACAGGGUUUGCUUUCAGGAGCAAACCCAAAGUCAUGUGUCCUGGCUGUGCUCCAAGCCCUUCAAGGUGAUCUGCAUCUACAUUGACUUCUUCAGUGCAGACUAUAAGCUGGUACAGAAGGUCUGUCCAGACUACAACUACCACAGUGACACUCCAUACACCUCAGUGGGAUAGCAUAUAGCCUGCUUUGGGUUUGUGGAGGUAUGUGAGGUGCCGUUUCAUUGUUACAGCCUCUCUGUCUUGUAGUUUGCUCGUCCUGUUCAUAAAGGAUGGGAUAAAUGGAAGAAAGGUCAGAUGAGGAAUCACUCUUUCCAAACAUACAUGACCUGUCCUUCUUUAGGGAGGUUGAGGUUGCACUUUAUCUUACAGUUCUGUUUCACAAGAAAUAGCUCACCCCAAAAAUGUAUUCAUUUCUUAUUUUAU